AAAAUUUCACGGGCGUGUGUUCGUCUCUGCAAACGUGGAACGGACGAAGCAGAAGCAGAUAGGUGGACGUCGAGUUCAAGCACAGGAAUAAUUUUUCCGCGUUUUCAAUUACAAUUUAAUUGCAGAAAGCAAGAAAAGAGUUUAUAUUGAGUCUCGCGCUUUCGCUAUAAAUUAUCAGUGCAUUAUACCCGCUAUAACAAGUGAACUUAAGUAAAAUGAGUGGACCCGCAGCGUCAGCACCAGCCACGGCGACAAAUAAGGACGGCGAUUCUGCAGCGGCGGCACCAAAACGGCGUGGUGUCGUAAAACAGGUUCUUUCAGGAGAUACUGUUGUGAUUCGAGCCCAAAAAGGUGCGCCACCUCCGGAGAAACAAAUCACUUUCUCGUAUGUUCUCGCUCCUAAGCUGGCCCGUCGUCCAGGUGCAGGUGGUGAUGAAACAAAAGAUGAACCCUGGGCUUGGGAGUCGCGUGAAUUUCUACGGAAGAAACUAAUUGGUGAAGAAGUCUUAUUCUCAUUUGAGAAGCCUGCCAAUUCCAAUCGUGAGUAUGGUUUUGUCUGGCUUGGAAAAGAUGCCGAAACCGGAGAGAAUAUGGUCGAAACUAUGGUACGCGAAGGUUUCGUGACCGUCCGUCGCGAGGGCAGACCAUCUAGCGAACUUCAACGCCUCAUCGAGCUAGAAGAUCAAGCUAAGUCGGCAAAUAGGGGCAAGUGGUCACAUGUGCCACCUGUAGAAAAAGUCCGUCAUAUUAAAUGGACACAGGAGAACCCCGCUCACUUAGUUGAAUAUUAUGGUGGAAAGCCUGUAAAAGCAAUUAUUGAACAUGUCCGAGAUGGAUCGACGGUUCGUGCCUUCUUGCUGCCCGAAUUCCAAUACAUAACUUUGAUGAUUUCGGGUAUACGUUGCCCAGGAGUUAAACUUGAUGCAGAUGGCAAGCCAGAUCUGAGUGUGAAAAUUCCAUUUGCCGACGAGGCAAGAUUCUUUGUGGAGUCGCGUUUAUUGCAACGUGAUGUAGAAAUCCGCCUAGAGUCCGUAAAUAACUCAAAUUUUAUUGGCACGAUUAUAUUUCCAAAAGGAAACAUUGCCGAAUCUUUGCUGCGCGAGGGCUUGGCUAAAUGUGUUGACUGGUCAAUGGCAGUCAUGAAGAGCGGUGCCGAUAAGUUGCGUGCUGCCGAACGAACUGCUAAGGAGAAACGUCUGCGCUUGUGGCAAGAUUACCAAUCAAAGGCACCCACUGUGAAUGCCAAGGAAAAGGAUUUCACCGGUACAGUUGUAGAAGUUUUUAAUGGAGAUGCCAUAAGCGUGCGUUUGUCAAAUGGCCAAGUCAAAAAGGUAUUCUUUUCUUCGAUUCGACCACCACGUGACAAUCGUUCUGUCGUCGGUGCUGAUGGUGAGGUUGUGCUGCCUCCACGCGGCAAGAACUACCGCCCACUUUAUGAGAUUCCUUUCAUGUUUGAAGCACGUGAAUUUUUGCGCAAGAAACUCAUCAAUAAGAAAGUCCAAUGCAAUUUGGAUUACAUUUCGCCUGCACGCGAUAAUUUCCCUGAGAAGUAUUGCUAUACCGUAUUAGUCGGCGGACAAAAUGUGGCUGAGGCUAUGGUCGCAAAGGGUUUGGGCCACUGCGUACGUCAUCGGCAAGACGAUGAUCAGCGCUCUUCUGUAUAUGAUCAGCUGUUGGCUGCCGAAAGCCAAGCCAUCAAGGGCCAAAAGGGCAUAUUUGGUAAAAAGGAUAAUGCGCCAUUGCGUAUCAAUGACCUGACUGUGGAUCAUUCCCGUAUCAAAGUACAGUAUCUACCAUCUUGGCAACGGGCACUACGAACCGAAGGUAUUGUUGAGUUUGUCGCUAGUGGUUCACGUUUGCGUUUAUACGUGCCCAAGGAUAGUUGUUUGGUAACAUUCCUGCUCGCUGGUAUUUCAUGUCCGCGUUCCUCUCGUCCGGCAUUAAACGGUGUUCCCGCUCAAGAUGGCGAGCCUUAUGGUGAGGAGGCGCUAGCCUUCACGCGUGACCGCGUUCUACAAAGGGAUGUGUCGGUACAUAUUGAUACCACCGACAAGGCUGGAUCUUCUGUUAUUGGUUGGCUUUGGACUGAUAGCAAUGUAAACUUGUCAGUCGCAUUGGUUGAGGAAGGCCUCGCUGAAGUACAUUUUAGCGCUGAGAAAUCUGAAUAUUACCGUCAACUAAAGAAUGCCGAAGAUCGUGCAAAGGCAGCCAAGAAGAAUAUAUGGGCAAAUUACGUAGAACAGGUCGUGGAAGAGAAGCCGGUUGUUGUUGAAGAAGAGAAAGAUGAAAAGGCACCCGUGGAACGUAAGGUGAACUAUGAAGAUGUUAUUGUUACCGAGAUUACAGCCGAUUUGACAUUCUUUGCGCAAGCCGUAGAGAAUGGCGCGAAAUUGGAAGCGAUGAUGGCCAAGUUGCACGCAGAUUUCCAAGCGAACCCGCCAAUAGUUGGCGCUUACACGGCGAAGCGAGGUGACGUUUGCGCAGCACAAUUCUCUGCCGACAACCAGUGGUACCGAGCCAAGGUGGAGCGUGUACAAGGCAAUAAUGCUACUGUACUCUACAUCGACUAUGGAAACAAGGAGACUGUGCCUACAAAUCGUUUGGCAUCCCUGCCUUCUGGUUUUACCAGCGAUAGGCCGUACGCCACCGAGUACGCGCUCGCUUUGGUUCAGCUUCCCUCCGAUAAUGAAGACAAGGAAGAGGCUCUUCGCUUGUUUGCCGAAGACGUGCUUAACCGCACUGUUAAACUAAAUGUGGAACUAAAACCUGCAACUGGGCCGGCAUUAGCAACUGUGCAUGAUGCAGCCACCAAUGCCGAUAUUGGUAAACAAUUGGUAGCUGACGGUUAUGUGUUAGCCGAGAAACGUCGUGAACGUAAGCUAAAAGAUUUGGUGGAGCAGUACAGAGCAGCCCAGCAAACUGCAUUGGCUGCGCAUUUGGGCAUCUGGAAAUAUGGUGACAUCACCCAAGAUGAUGCGCCUGAAUUCAGCCGCUAAAACGGACGUGCGCGAUAGCGUUUUAAAUGUUUGUCUGCCACAUACCCGCCCUUCAAAACAACAACAUUCAUAGUUACAUGCAUACAUACAUGAAAGAGAUAAUGAUGAAAUUAAACUGAGGUAUAGUAAGAAGAAAAACAGUAAAAUGACGAGAACUGAUUUAAAAAACACUAUAGUUGAAUAAACAACUAGUAGAGAUUCAUCAAGUAAAUGAAGUAAUAGGAAGAACCCAGAAUAUACAUACAUGUACACUAUAUAUGUACACUUCAAAAGCGACGCAGUUGUGCAUUUAAAAUUAAGACAAAAACUUCUUUGUACACAGUGCAACAACGUCGACAAUAAAUACACUCCACAGCUGGACUUAAAGAUCAAUGUCUUAUAUUGCCAAUGUAGAAGUAUCUAGACGAGCUUCGCAUUUAAAUACAUAACUUCCAUGGCCACGAAAAUUGUAAAACAAAUAAAUAAAAUCCAAAAUUUUUUUAUGACAAAUUGUUCUAUUAUGGUAUGUCUAAUAUCCUAAAGCUUCCCUAUGGAAAUCGGAAACAAUUAAAAGAAGUAUAGAAGGAGAAUUGAAAAAUUUAAAUACCAUGCUGCGCACUCACGUCUAUUAUUGCUUAUGUAUGCUGUUAAAUCUUAAAAAAUAUAAGCAGUUUGACGUUUAACUACAAAACUAUUAAAAAACCAUUUAACAUUUA